AUGCAUCUGACUGUGUCAGCAAGCGAGACGUACCCGCAUUCCCGGAACCUCACGUACCCGUUGAAGACGCGGUUCGUUCGGGUCGUGAUCCUGGAGACGGAGGCGACGGGGAACGACAAGCUGGCGUUCGGGAUGACGGCGGACUUCUACGGGUGCAAGGUGGCGAACAUCCUGCUGCCCGCGGAGCUGUCGGUCUGCUCGUACAACCCGGACACGAGGGUCACGAACGUGGAAGGGAACCGUCACUUUGUAGUCGACGAGCACCAGGACAUUGCAUUCGUCUGCGACAUCGAACCAACGGAAGACGCCGUGCUCUGCUACGCCUCCCAGCCCGGCGGUGCCUCCCCCUGGCGGAUCCUCCCGUUGCACGUCCACGCGGUGACCGGGUGGGAUGCGGCGACGGGGCGGACGUACUUUCAGGACGAGCCGGAGCAUUCCGUGGUGUACUCGGUCGAUGGAGGGCUUACCUUCUCCCCGGACAAGUACGCCCAGGCGGCGUCCGGUUCCUCGUUCCAGACCAGCAUCCUGGUCCCGGGCGUCGGCAGGAACGACUUCGUCCCCGAGAAGCUGGGGAAUUGGGAGGCUUCGUUCGACGGGUUGAGCCACUCGGGGCACAUGGCUCUCCGCUGGACCCGCUGCUGCUCCGCUUGAAACGUUUCACAUCGUUUGGGUUUUUAUUGCACGUUUGGUUCGACGCAUCAUCACAGAAACAGAACACUCUAUUAUGGCGUUUGAAAUAAAACUCGAC